CCUCGAUGCGGUUUUAAUCAUUAUUUAUUAUCGAUUGCAUCUCACACUCCAACUUUUUUCAAAAAAAUUCCCUGAAAGAGAAUGAAUUCCGUUAAUUUAUCAUCUUUUUUCGUUUUUGUCGUCUUGUGUCACUUUCAGCUGAACGAAGCAAUUCGAUCGUCAGCCGCUGGCGAUGGACUUGCCCGCACAACACGCAAGCCAGAUUACAGCGAUGUCUAUGAAAAAAUUGACGAUAAUGACAUAUUUAAGAAUGUGCGGCGGAUAAUGCGGAUGGGGGAUCCAGCGAAUGGAGUGCCGAAAAUGGCACCUUUCAAGCGAGAUCAUCAGUAUGAUUCAAACAUGGAAAACGAAUUGGGAAAUGUUGAACAUCAACGAGUCGAAGGAUUGGACCAAUUUGUGACAAAAAGUUCUUUAAUUUAUUCAAAUAAUGAAAAAUUCGACUUUAGUUUGUUAUGGCCCAAAGUAACUUUUUUAUCUCGUCACUCGUCGACGAAUAAUUAUCGAGUUUUUUACUCGAAUUAUACUUUUGUUGGAUGCACCUUGAAAGGCGAAGCAGAUGUUCAACGCACAAAUGUCAAUGAAAAUUGCUACAAACUCAAGGAAUUGCGUCUCACAUUGCAUUUCAAGAAUUAUGACGUCAAUGUUGUCACGACGAGCAACAAUGAGAAUGAUAAGGAAAUUGCGAGGACUGCAAGACAAACGCUCGAUCGGUACAUCAAGCAGGAAUACACUCUGGGACUUGAAAAGCCCGCUUACGAGUUGGAACAAAAAAUUAAAGAGUAUUUUGGGAGUUAUCGAUGUUUGUUGCAAGAAGACGUGCCGAAUCAACGUCCCUCGAGAACGAACGAAAACCGAGAUGAUCGAGCUUUUAUUGAUUUCGACUCGAAUGCAAGACCUUCGACGUCGGGAAUUGAUACUUUCAAUACAAAUAUUUACUCGACGCACAAUCAACGGGAUGUAGGACGGAAUAUCGGAAGUGAUUCUUAUGACGAUAGAAGAUCGCAGUCGAAUAUAAAUCAACAAAACCCGUCGUACGAUGAUCUAAGACCUCAAACAAGUACUCAAAACACAAAUCAACGUCCAAAUUCUCAUCAAAAUCCUUCCUACGAUGAUCGACGCCCGUCAUCCGGCAACAAUAAUCGCAACACUCUCCAACCAGAUCCUGAACCAAUUUAUUUUCCCGCCGCUGAUGCUCGAAAUCCUCCGCAACCUUCAACGACUUACAAUAAUAACAACCGUCAAAAUGCUCAAAACUCACAAAAUUCCCAAGUUUACAACGAAAAUCGUCAAACACAAUCCACACAGACCUCAUAUUACCCGCAAAGUAAUCGAGAAGUGACGACAACUUCACGCGUAACAACGACAACUCGAAGACCAAUAUCACAAAGUACUUCACGGAGAACGCAAGAGACGCAACAAUAUGACGUUGCGCAAAAUAACAACAAUCGGGCAAUUCAGCAGUCGGCAAAUACGAAUUCAGCGCAAUUUCAAUCUAAUCCGGUUUAUCGUCAACAAGCGACGCAAAAUCGUGCAACGACGUAUUACGAUUAUAGUUAAGCUGUACGGUUUCCGUUACCUGAUAAGAAGCAUUUUUUUAAAUAUUUUUUAAUAAGCCGUAGAGAUUAGAUUGUAAAUCGACGAUGAGAUUUUUUUUGCAUUAAUGACUAAGUGUAUAAUAAAAUAAGAUUUGUUAUCAUAAU